GUUGGGACAGGUGGGGUUAAAGUCUUCCAGUGAGUGCCUGACAUACAGUUAAUGAAGAGCAAGGAAAUGGAGCUGGAUAUAAUAGAAAAUAAGGAUGGAAAACAAGGAAAUGACUCAGAGGAACAGCAGCACAUAUGCACUGAUGUGGAAAUCUCAUCCGAAGGUAUAGACGAUGCAUCGGCAAAGAUGGGACAACACAACAAGAGCUUGCUGGAAAAGAAAGUGGAGGCACUCCAGGGCUAUAUGGCAAAGCACAAAGACCAGAUUCACCUGAUUAUCCAGCUAGUUUUAGCUGCUGGCUUUGUUGCCAUGGUGAUAGCGGCAUGUGUUGUGAACUUCCAUCGGGCUGUUGGGCUGCUGGUCAUCUCCUUGGUAACCAUUUUUUUCCUGGUCUGGGAUUGGAUGAUGGAACGAUAUGGUGAGCAAGUGUGGGAGGCUCUUGCUCCUAUCAGAGACCUUCUCAGCAGGAACUGGUGUGGGAUCAGAUGGAUAAUAUAUAUGUCAGUGCUCGUAGCCGUGGUGUGCUGGCUUGCUCUGGACACGGCCCAGCGGGGGACUAGACAGCUGGUAUCUUUCUUCGGCUUGCUGCUGUUCGUCUUCUUAACACUCCUGUUCUCCAAACACCCCUUCAGGUGGUCUUGGCAAACGCUGGUUUUUGGGACUGGGCUGCAGUUUAUCUUUGGCCUUCUCAUUCUCAGGACCACUUUUGGUUUAGGUGCACUGCGGUGGCUUGGAAACAAAGCAGAGGCGUUUAUGUCCUUCACGGAUACCGGAUCAAAGUUUGUGUUUGGUGAAAGUUACACGGACCACUUCCUUGCCUUUAAGGUGAUGCCAAUACUUGUAUUUUUAAGCUCUGUCAUCUCCAUGCUCUACUACAUUGGCUUCAUGGCCUGGCUCAUUUGUAAGAUUGGAUUCAUAAUGCAGGUUACCAUGGGAACAUCUCCAGCAGAAUCAAUGGCUGCAGCUGGAAAUAUAUUCCUUGGACUUGCCAACUCACCUCUCCUGAUUCGUCCAUAUAUCAGUGAGCUAACUCUCUCAGAGAUCCAUGCUGUGAUGACAGGAGGUUUUGCCAGCAUCUCUGGUACCAUUUUGGGAGCCUACAUCUCCUUUGGGGUUGAUGCAACACACUUGUUGACAGCAACAGUAAUGUCUGCUCCAGCUUCCCUGGCCAUUGCUAAGAUGUUCUGGCCUGAAACUAUAGUUUCAAGGUCCAAUCGACCAGUCAAAAUGGACAAGGGUGAAAGCAAGAAUUUGUUGGAGGCGGCAUCCCUUGGUGCAUCUCGUGCAAUCGCACUAGUGGCCAGCGUUUUAGCCAACAUCAUUGCCUUCAUGGCCCUGCUGUCCUUUUUUGAUGCUGUCCUCUCCUGGCUGGGAGGGAUGUUCGACUGUCCACAGCUCAGCUUCUCACUCAUCUGCUCCUACGUGUUCAUGCCUCUCUCCUUCAUGAUGGGUGUUUCCUUUGAGGACAGUUUCAUUGUUGCUGAACUGAUGGGCAUUAAGACAUUCCUUAGUGAGUUUGUGGCCUUUCAGAAGCUGUCAGAGUUGAUAAACCGGAGGAAGGCAGGGGGGCCAGAAUAUGUGAACAAUGUGAAGCAAUACAUUUCUGUCCAUUCUGAAGCCAUUGCAACGUACGCUUUGUGUGGAUUUUCCAACGUUGCUUCACUGGGGAUGUCCAUUGGAGCGCUGUUGUACAUCCCUGAUUCUGAGUGCCCACAUUUGCUGAGUGUAGAGUUCAACAACACCAGCAUGACCAACAGCUCACAGAUGCACGCCUGCUGCACAGAGCUGUAUAACAGUGUGACAGUGUAUGAGCCAUGGAACGUGACAACAGGGGACGGAUUCAGUCAGAGCAGUCUGCUGGGCUGCUGCACGCUCACGCCGUCUGAACUUUUCAACUGCAGCCUUAUGCUGUAAAUCACACACUCCAGUGCUAUAGAGAUGUGCUGUUUACAGGUUAAAUCCUUUUUAGGGUGUUUUCCUUUUUUUAAGUUAAGCUUUCUUUCACAAAAAAAACUUAAAAAUGAAACAUGCCAAAAACGUCCUUUUACCCACACUUUUUGCAUUGUUUUAUAAUGAUAGUUUAAAAUAUAGUGGCUUUUUUGUCAUAUAUCCUUUUCUUACUUCUAUUACUAUAUAGUUUGAAAGUAAUACAUUUGCACUUUAAUAUUUCUUUUUUUUUUACUUUUAUUUUGUUUCUACGUUGUAGCAAUCAUUAUGUAAACAAUCAUUUCAAACUGCUCUGAUGUGAUUGAUAUUUUCUAUGUCUAAUGUGUCGUACAUGUGUUUCUAAAGCUUGUCAGUUUCUAAAUAGUGCAAAAAUCUCAUGGUACAAAAAACUAUAUCAGAGUCAUUUCCAGCACAAAAAUGAGAAAAACUUGCAAAACCUGCUUAAUUACAAGCUUGACAGAGAGGAUCUAACCUAUAACAACUUGAUCCUGCCUUGCCUGGAGUGGUGAACUUUUCAGUAAUGGCACACUGAUUAGCCACUAGAUGUCACUGGUGUCUUUUGGUUCCUGUUUAGCAACCUAAACGCUGGAUAUAUCAGGUCAUUAUGUAGGCACACUGGUUUGACUGGUAGAUUGUCCAAGAAUCUGGCUCAUUACAGCUUUACUGAAUUGCUAAAGCACUAAAUCCCACUCUGAGAGGCACAUGGUCAUAUUUAAUUUUGUAAUGCUCUCUUAAUAAUACCUAUUUUCACAGUGAGAGACUUCCAAUGCCUUCCAAUUAAACACAAGUAAAACAACCAUCUCAGUACUUACACUCAGUACUUACACUCAGUUCCUCAAAACUGUUAAAACCAAUACAAUACAAUACAUAUAUGCACCCAUUUUCAGCAGAUUCUCUAUGGCUUCUAUAACCAGGACAUUGAGACCAGGAGACUCUUCUGUUCUCCCAACAACAACAGGUUCUCAUUAUUGACAAAGUCCUUUAAAAACACAUUUCUUGAACACAUAAACAUAGAUGCAAAAUUUGAAGGAAUCAGUGGGAAUUGGCAUGUUCCCAAGCAACACUUUGUCCUAUUUGAGCAGGAAACACGUCAAAGCCUGGUGUCUGGUCUCAAGGUGCACAAAGACUUGUAACUUUGGCUAACCAGGAAUGUUUAAAGUUACUGGAUUUUCAUUAAUUAACUCUGGAUCUUUUUUGCUGUAAUGUAUUUUUUCACUCCGUGCGUUCAAGAUUGCCUCUGGCAUUUGCAUACUGUAAACAUGUUUGCCUAUAUCUUUGUAAUAAAGUGCUUU